GCGCUCGCAGGAUCACUUUGGACUCUGAGGUAACGUGGUUUGAUUGUUCGCGUUGCUCGCUGUGAGCCGCGUCUGCUCGGCAGUGUAGCGCAUCACAGCGCUCUGGGAGUUCUGGUAGGGGGGAUUCCCAUAGUUUUGAGUUUAAGGUUGCAAAAAACUUGCGAGUUAGGACUCAGGAGACUGCUUUAUCACGUGCUCGAUCACUGAACUGAUAUGUCGCCUUCGCUCAGAUUACCACCAUGGGGCAUAUGGCCAAUGCAAGUCCAUCAAACGACGAGAGUCCCGGCGCAUAUAUUGUCACGUUUGGGAAAUACGCUGGUCAUCGGCUCGACUCUAUCCCCAGUAACCUCAGGUUGUGGGCAACAGGAGUUAAAUGUCGGGAUACCCGCUGGUAUGCUGCCUUCAAGAGGGCCAACGAACAAUAUGAAACACUACUACUUCAAAGUCCUGAAGCCUACCCUUUGCCCUUCGGAGAGUAUGAAGACACACAACUCAGUCAAGUACCAGAAUAUUACAUGCGCAACAUUCACGCUAUAUCUCUCGUCCCGCAGUACCGAAACCUGGUGGAGGCAAAUCGUCGUUACCGGAAUAAUGCAUGGCAAUCGACGCCAUCAGGCUCAGCCGUGGCUUCCCUAGCGGCGCCUGCCAUCGGUAAUCACUCCUGCCCCCAGUGGGAAGACCUAGUCGGGAGGCAUGACGUGCUCCCCGCGACCCCUCCACGGCCAUACCGCAAAAGACGGCCUGCGAACGUGCAAAAUCCCGUAGGGGAACUUGUGGAUCAGCGGGAUGACGUUCGUGGGUCUGCGGGGCCAGAUGAUAAGUACGAGCUGGACGACUUUGUAGUCCCUGAUGAUGAUGAUGAAGGGGCUAGUGAUUUUGAAUCGGACUAUGGCGCCGACCCCACAUCUGACGACAACGACGACGACCUGCAGGGGUCAGGUUCACACACAGAACGGCUCUUACCAUCUCGCUCGAGCACGGAUGACUCUCAAACCUUGGAGUCGGAGUCGAAAUCGGAUUCAGAUAAUGAUACGCCUCUGGGCCAGCUACGCGACAAGAUCAUGGCAAAACGCGUAGCUGGGAAAAGAAAGGCAGAGGUCAUAUCCUCGCCCAGCCCCCAAAGAGAACAACAGAGCUCGGGCGAGGGCAGUGAUGAUGAUAUUGUUACUCAGCCCCCACGAAAACGCCUCAAAGGUGCUGAUUGA